AUGCGCCAGAAGACGCUGACGCCGAAGAAGGACGUCAAGGAGGAGGGCCCGCAUCCGCUGGGCGUGGAGGGCUCCCUGCAGUCGGCGCUGGGCGACUCGAAACCGCUCCCUGGAUUCGGGUCUGCUGGACCUACAGGACAUCACCAUCCAGAUCCGGACCGACUGGGCGGCAACAAGACGGCGGAGAACGGCGGCGUCACCGUGUCGGACGGCAAGACCAACGGCCACCAGGUCAACAACAACGACCAGCCGCCCAGCGACGGCAAGAAGCGCUCGCUAGACAGCGGCUCGUCGCUCGACUCCAGUAAGAUCGACAUCCACGUGCACGUGACGGUGAACACGGGCGGCCCCGAGCGGCCGCCGCCGUACUCUGCCGAGCCGCCGCCGCCGCCGCCCGGCGGCACGCUUGCCGACCUGAAGAAGCAGCGCGCCGAGACGCGAAAUGUGGGAGCCUGA